AUGGAAAAUCGUCCGAAGAUUGAAAUUGUACGAGUAUCAUCAACGGAACGAGGAAAUUUCCGUCCUCUCGAUGGUGUGCAAUUGAGGGCUGCUUUUAGUCACACCAGAAUAGGUUCAUAUUGUCCAGAACCAGAAAUUGAAAUGACCUCUUGUGAAAAUAAACCACCGAGUCAUACAAAAAAAUUUAAAAAAAAUUUGGGACCAGUAUCAAAACUGCUCAGGCGUCGUCAAGGGACGUGCCUUGCCACUAAGUCCUGUGAUAACAUUUAUAAUGUCAAUAGAAAUAGUUCAUCUUUAGAUUGGAGAAUGGGUCAACGUCCUUCAGAUCCACUUCACCAAGGGCGCCAAAGUAGUAGUUUAGACUGGCGAAUGGGAAGAAGAGUGAAUUCUGAUUGGCAAGACACAAGUCGCAGUGCUGAGCACUUGCUAUCACGUAGCCCAAGGUUUGGUGGUCACCGUACGCCCACAACAAAAUCAAAAUUAGUUUCGUUACUUCGUCGAUUAUCUCCGCGACUUCCGCGACCAGGAAGUAAAAAUUCGCUUCCUUCGUCCCCAAUGGUCUGCCCAUGGAUCCGAGUGGAGUACUCAACAGAAUCAGUAGACGAUCCGCGACACGCAGAAUCCCAAGACAAUGAUGUCAGCUACCAGCAGGAGUUGCAGUUGAAUGAGCUCAGAAAGAGAAUGCUCAGUGCCUCACCCUCGUCCUCGGCUUCUCAGAUGCCAAAUAAUCAAAUAAUUAUAAGUAUUGCCAAUGAUGAGAAUCAAAAUAUUCAAGGCAACAAUAUUAAAUUGGUGGAAGAUAAAAAUUCGUUAGAUAAAUCGUAA